AAGAAGAAGCAGAAGGAGGAAAAUAAAAGAAAGGACUGACUGUGCAGCUGUUAGCAUUAGCUUCCGUGUGCUAGCAGAGAGGCUGCUAAUGUGUGAGUGUUUGCAGUGAGAAUGUGUUGAGUCCAGCUGGAAGGAGAGUUUGUCAGCGAGCAGUUAACUCCUGCUGGAGAAACAUUCCCAGAGUUUAAAGGAAGAUUAGAUCAGAUCGAGGAGGAGAAGAUGGAUGAUCAGCACAGACUGCUGGAUUUCACCAGGAUCCCCCAGAUCAUCUUACACCGGAUAGACCUCCUGCAGGUUGGAAAAGAGGAGGAUUUCUCUGAGCAGCAGCUCUGGAAACAGGAGAGGAAUUCCAGUUUGGACCAAGAGGAACCAGAACCUCUGCAGAUGAAAGAAGAGCAGCUAAAGCCAGAAGAUCCCUGGACUAAAGAGGAAACCAUGGAGCUCCCCAUCAGUGAGCAGGAGGAGCAGCUGCUUCUCAAGCAGGAGGAUGGAGACGUGGAAGAGAAACCGUUCCCAUGUCUGACUUAUGGAGAAAGCUUUCUAAAAAAAGGCCUUUUGAUGGUUUAUGUGAAAAGUCACUCAGGUGGGAAGAUUUAUGAAUGUCUGACCUGUGGGAAAAGCUUUCACUAUGAAUCUAUUCUUGACAGACACAUCAGAACUCACACAGGAGAGAAGCCCUUCUCCUGUUCCAUUUGUAACAAAACUUUUUCUCAGAAAUGUAGUUUGUCUUAUCACAUGAGAAACCACACGGAUGAAAGGCAUUACUUCUGUAAAAUCUGUGGAAAAACGUUAAAGGGAAGAAAUCAUUUCAACGAACACAUGAGAACUCACACAAAGGAGAAGAUCUAUGAAUGCCUUUCCUGCGGGAAAGGAUUCACUAAUAAAUACAAUCUGGUUCAUCACAUCAGAUCUCACACAGGGGAGAAGCCGUUCUCCUGCACCGUUUGUGGCAGAAGUUUUUCCAAAAAAGCUAAAUUGAAUUCUCACUUGACCACUCACUCGGAUGAAAGACCCUUUUCCUGUGAGAGCUGUGGGAAAACCUUCAAAAGAAGAACCUUUUUAAACAGACACAUGGUAAUUCACACGGGGGAGAAGCCUUUUAAAUGUUUGUACUGUGGAAUAAGCUUUAUUAGCAAAUCUGAUUUUAAUAAACACAUCAGUGUUCACACAGACGGGAGGCCGUUCUCCUGCACCGUUUGUGGAAAAGGUUUCGCUCAGAAAGGUCAUUUGAAUGAACACAUUAAAACUCACUCAGACGAAAGACCUUUUUCUUGUAUGAUCUGUGGAAAUUCCUUUAAAAUAAAAGCUUUACUGAAUAAACACCUGAAAACUCACACAGGUGAGAGGCCUUUCAAAUGUCCGUCUUGUGGAAAAAGCUUCACUCAUAAAGCUAACCUUGAUCGACAUGCCAGAAUCCACACCGGUGAGAAGCCGUUUGCCUGCACGCUCUGUGGGAAAAGUUUCACUCAGAAAUCUGGUUUGGCUGAACAUAUGACGACUCACUCAGAUGAAAGGCCUUUCUCCUGUAACACCUGUGGGAACAGGUUCAAAACAAGAGCUUCAUUCAGCAAACACACGAGGAACCACGCAAAGAAAAACUCUUCCCAGUGGAGAGAGAUUCAGUAAUACGUCUCUUCUUCAGAUUGGUGAGAAGCUGUUCUGGAGCUUCCUUCUCCAGGCGUCACAUGUUGAAUGAAUCCGAUCAAAUUAGAGAUCCAGGUUGUUCCAAUGCCUGGGCUGAGCGUAUCGCUGACAUCGGAAACCGAUCGGACUCAAAUGUUGAACCGUUUACUUUGUGCCUUGAUAUGUAACAUUUAUUUGUGUUUUUUUUUAGAGAUUUUCUUUUAGGUUCUUAUUGUAUUUUUAUAGUAUGUACGUUUAGGAAUAACGAUCUGAAUUCCAAUGGAUUGGAUCUCUGUUCCCAUUCGCUCAGGAACAAUCAGAAAAUGAAAGAUCUUGAUGUAAAUGCUGAAUGAUGGAUCAUUUAAAGCUACGGUGUGUCAUUUAAAGCUACGUGU